AUGCUCAAAGAUAGACCGUUUUAUGUGGAUUUGGCGGUUAUCAUAUUGGACGAGAUCAAAUUGAAAUGGAUGAAGUAUACAGAUAAUUUAGACUACAUGAUCGAUGUGCACACGUCCCAACUCCAGUCGGAUGUAUUUUUCUGUACCAUUCUUAGUGGUACCUGUAUUAAAAAAUUAAAUGGCGCUCUCACUGCCGAACGCGUUGUCGAAAUAUUCCAUCGUCGUUAUCAAUCAUAUUUUGUUGGCGCAAUUGGUGUGGUGAUGGAUGUUAAUUAUUCACGUGGAAUGAUCAUCACAGUCCAGAGAAACUGUUCAACCGGUUCAAGCGAAAACAAUUAUGUCGAAGUUGAUUCCUACGAGAUUUUCGAUCGAACCUUGUCGAAUAAAAGUUCCCAAAGGUUUGAAGUGCAUAAAAUGCUCACCGAUUGCCCCAGCGAGAAGAUCUGGUUAGAAAUACCCAAAUCAUCUUUUCCAGUUCCAGGAUUGUAUUAUAUUCAGAUUGUUUUAAUUCGGCAACAACGACGCGGUAAGCGGAUACGCGAGCAACAUUCGAUUACGGCUUGUGUGACAAGUCAAUCAUCCAUUGAGANUUCGUCAUAA